AUGUCGAUUUCCAGCAACGAACAAGAGCAUCGGAAUGGGCGGUCUGCAGUAGGGAACCAUGUGGAUAUGAGUUUGUAUCCCCCGUUUAUCAAACAGCUAGACGCAAAACUACCAGACUACACACGAGAAGGCGAUAUCGAGUAUCCAUUCGAGGAGAUCACUGGAGUUGGCGAUGAGAAUCGGAUAAGAGGAAAUUGGAGUAACAAAUCGGAUUAUCUAUUGGCGGUUAUCGGAUUCACAGCUGGCGUUGGAAGUUUCUGGAAAUUUCCGUUCCUCGUGUUCAAACAUGGCGGUGCCGCAUUCCUCAUCCCCUAUCUCGUCAUGCUUUGUCUCGCCGCCCUCCCCAUGUUUUUCAUGGAAAUGGUAUUGGGACAGUUCUCCUCCUCAGCCGCCAUUAGUGUGUGGAAGGUGGUGCCGUUGUUUAAGGGAAUCGGCUUCGCACAAGUGACAAUUUCUGGAUUUUUUGCUGUUUUCUUCAAUAUUAUCUCCGCAUGGACCUUAUUCUACCUCAUCAAUUCAUUCAGUUUCUCGAUUCCAUGGUCGAAUUGUGCGAAUUCUUGGUCUGGAGAAAACUGCACACUUGGCACCCGAAUCCAAUGUCGGGAAAUGAAUGGAACACUCCUUGUGAAUGGAAGUUGUAUUGUGGAACACGCCGCAUCGAAUGAGACUACAGUAAUCCCGCUGCAUGAUUUGAAUUCGAUUCCAAGUUUGAGAUAUUUUCACACCGACGUCCUAAUGCUCUCAAAAGGUGUCGACGACUUCGGAACACUCAACUGGUACCUGGGUCUCUGUGUUCUUGUCUGUUGGAUCGCCGUCUUUUUGUGUCUAUUCCAAGGAGUGAAAUCGAGUGGAAAAGUCGUCUACAUUUCAGUGAUUUUUCCAUUCAUCAUUCUUACCGUACUCCUCACUCGUCUCCUCACUUUAGAUGGAUCCAUCUCUGCUGUUCUCUACUUUUUAUCCCCCAAAUGGGAGGUUUUGAGCGAUUUACACGUGUGGGGAGAGGCUGCCGUUCAGGCGUUUUAUUCGGUUUCGUGUUGUUCUGGAGGACUUUUCACGAUUGCCAGUUACUCAAAGUUUCAUAAUAAUGUUUAUAAAGACAUCUGCCUUGUCCUCCUCGUCGACGUGUUCGUCUCCCUCAUCGGAUGUCUCCUCACGUUCUCAGCCAUCGGAUUCACGUGUUACGAGUUUGCAAUCGCCCUCGACAAAUUCCAAAUCCGAGACGGCUUCCAUCUCGUCUUCGUGUUUCUCGCCGAAGCGCUGGCUGGCGUGCCCGUGGCGCCUCUCUACGCGGGUCUCUUCUUCAUAAUGAUUCUACUGGUAGUCCACGCGACACAGAUGUUCGUCGUGGAGACAAUUGUGUCGUCACUUUGUGAUGAGUAUCCGGAGAGAUUGAGAAGAAAUCGGAGGCAUGUAUUGACUACUGUAUGCGCACUAUUCAUAUGUCUAUCCAUCCCGUUCUGCUUGUCAUCUGGACUGUAUUGGAUGGAAUUGCUCACUCAAUUUGUGCUCACUUGGCCUCUCGUCGUCAUUGCAUUCUUGGAAUGUAUGGCUAUCAAUUGGAUUUAUGGAGUGGAUAACAUGUUGGACAAUGCCAAGUGGAUUGUGGGACACUGGCCGCCGUGUUAUAUAUUUUGGAAGGUUCUGUUCAAAUUCAUCUGUCCACUGGUCUACUUAUCAAUCCUCUGUUUCCUGUGGCUUGACUGGAAUUCAAUAGAAUACGAAUCAUAUCAAUUCCCCUAUUGGUCAAUUCUCGCCGCGUGGGGCAUUGCCUCAAUCCCCCUCAUUCUCAUCCCAAUCAUCGGAAUCUGGCAGUUUUGUAUAGCAAAGGGAACGAUAACUCAGAAAUGGUGGAGAGUACUGUAUCCGGAUGAUGCGUGGGGACCCGCGUUGGCGAUUCAUCGAGCAGAGAAGUUCCCUCUACAGAUUCCAGAGGCAAGACGGUUGUUGUUGCCGCCAGAGGUGGAGAUCGCAGCGUCGCAGAGGGAUUUACAGGAUGACAUCCCAAUGAAUAGUGGAGUUCUGACCGCCGGCCGCUCAUCAGAAUUCGCUCAGACAACGGACGCCCGAUCGAUCCGAUCUACAGUAGCCGGUGGAGGGGAUCGAGGAGAUGUGAAGAGUAUCGGCGCGACAAUUAACACGAUGAUUCCCAAAUUUGAGAGGGAAACUGCAAUUUGA